AUCAACAUGAAGUUCUUCAUCGUUGCGCUGGCCCUGGUUGCCCUGGUCGCUGCCCAGGAGGAAGAUGGUGACAAAUACACGACCCGGUACGAUAACAUCGACCUGGACGAGAUCUUGAAGUCGGAUCGGCUGUUCAAGAAUUACUACAACUGUCUGGUGGAUGAAGGUCGCUGUACGGCUGAGGGAAGCUACCUGAAGCGUAUCCUGCCUGAUGCCCUGGAGACGAACUGCGCCAAGUGCAGCGACAAGCAGCGCGAUGACGGAGUCCGUGCCAUCAAGUACAUGGCCGACAACCGGGCCGAGGAGUGGAAGGUCCUGAAGGCUCGUUUCGAUCCGGAGAACAAGUACGUCGAGAAGUACCUGGCCGAUGCCGAGAAGGAGGGUAUCAAGCUGUAAGCGGUUUGUUGUGAGU